AUGGAUUGUAAUGCCCGUUGUGUUGAUGUAGAAGCUGAUUUGGAUGUUAAAGUAGAAGCUGCCUUGGACGUGAAUACAGAAGCUGCCUUAGAUGUUGAUACAGAAGUUGCCUUAGAUGUGGAUACAGAAGCUGCCUUAGAUGUUGAUGCAAAAGCCACCUUGGAUAGAACUUUUUCAGGCCGUGCAGCCCUCUGUAAAUAUAUGAAAUCACACAAAGGCCAUGCCUAUUGGGAAACAUUAAACAGAAUUUCAAACAUUUCUAAUAAAAAUAAAGUUGAAGAAAUGGAAGAAGAUGAUUUUGAUGUAAAUGAUGAUGUAUAUGAAGAAGGUGUUGAUAUAUGUGAAGAUGAUGAUAUACGCGAAAAAGAAGAUAAAAAUAUAUACAAAGAAAAUAAUAUAUGUGAAAAUGAUGAUAAUUAUAUAUGUGAUGAAGAUAAUAUAUGCAAAGAAGAUGAUGAUAUUUACGAAGAUGAUGAUAUACGCAAAAGAGAUGAUAGUGUAGGUGAAGAUGAUGAUAUUUACGAAGAUGAUGAUUAUGUAUGCGAAGAAGAUGAUAUAUAUGAAGGAAAAGGUUACAAGAGCAUUCAUAUAUUCUUCUAUACCUUUCAAGAGGAUAUAAAUGUUCUGCAAAUCGUUUAUAACCAAGACCUGAUGCAGGAAUAUCUUUCCAAUCAUGCUAUCCCUAUUAUUGCAGAUUGGCCUAGACAGUUCUACAUUUGUAAGGCUAUUGCGCAAUAG